AUGGAGCUUGGCGAGAUCGUUGUGGCAGAACAUUCCAGUGAGAAACAGUUGUACAAGGAACAGAAGUCAAAAGCCAAGGACCUGCUGGGGAGAAGCGGAAAUUGGAUCUAUCAAGUUUUCGGGUAUCUCACAGGAGAAAUGAAAGAAUGUGGAGAGUGGAUGAAAAAUAAGCCCCUGAUGGUUCAGCUGGUGGACUGGAUCUUGCGAGGCACCUCUCAGGUGAUGUUUGUCAACAACCCUCUCAGUGGUCUGAUCAUUUUAGUGGGGCUUUUCAUCCAGAGACCUUGGUGGAUGCUCAUGGGCUGUACUGGAACAACUGUGUCAACACUGACUGCGCUUGUCCUCAGUCAGGACAGAUCAGCCAUUGCAGCUGGACUGCACAGCUACAAUGGGAUCUUGGUGGGACUGCUCAUGGCUGUCUUCUCUGACAAAGGAGAUUACUACUGGUGGCUUCUUCCUCCUGUGACAGUUAUAUCAAUGGCCUGUCCAAUCCUGUCCAGUGCUUUGGGAUCCAUCUUCAGUAAAUGGGACCUUCCUGUUUUCACUCUGCCCUUCAAUAUUGCGGUGACUUUGUACUUGGCAGCCACAGGACACUACAACCCCUUCUUCCCUACAACCCUCAUCAAGCCUGUAGCUUCAGUGCCCAACAUCACCUGGUCUGCAGUCAAUGUGCCAUUG